AUGCUAGGAUCAGAAAACAAAGUACGUGACGCUGGUGUAAACCAAGCCAUCACUGCGCGGAAUCAUUCCGAUUCAUCUUUUCUACGGUUACCAAGCGAGAUACGCAAUCAGAUUUACUACUUUGCGCUCGGAGGCAAUGAGAUCUAUAUCAUUUCCAAUGGUGACCAAAAGUCACCGCUAUGGGGUCGCUCUUUAGAGCAAAAGAUCUGGAGUCUCAAACCCAUCAAACAGAUCAUGGCCAUCAACUUGCCACUCGCAUGUACCCAGAUCCGUCGUGAGCUCGGAGAGUACUACGCUUUCACCUUCAAUUCGUUCGGCGCGAUGACGGAUGUAGACACCGGGCCACUACUGCAACAACUUACCUCUGCUCAGAGGCAUAGGAUUGAAGUACUUACGUCAAACCAUGCUUAUCCCAUCGAAAACAAAAUUUCCUACUAUGAUCACAUUUUUACCUUGGUACCAAAUCUGAAGCGACUGGUCCUGAGGGAUAUGAGUGCUAUGAGUGCUCAUGAAAAGAAGAAAACAAUUGAUCGGCUUCGGGCGGUUUGUAACAAUAAAGAGAUGAAAAUUGAGAUCUUGGAUAUCUGCUGA